AGCAAGUACAAUUUCGUUCAGUGUGCAUAGUAGAUCUUUCACUUCUAUUCAUCAAUAUCAAUUAUCUCACUAGACAUUUAGCGAGAAAAUGAUCCAGCCCCUCGUCGUAAGUAUUUUCGCAAUCCUCAUUGGGGGGCAAAUCCAGCCAUCCUUAUCGAGCGAAGAAAUGAACCUGCACCUGUGCAAGAGCAACAAAACCGUGACGGUGCAGAUACUCACGGGUCAGAAUGACGACAUGAGCUGCAAGUGUCAAGCUGGUCUCUCAAACCAACCCUUCACUAGGGAGGACUAUCUCUACACACCUGGAAUCGGCUCGCACAAGCUCCACACAGUCGCCAAGCCCUGGAACGAGGCUCGACAAAUUUGCAAAGAGGAGAACGCGCACCUGGCCAUCAUCAACUCCAAAGCCGAAGAGAAGGUUUUGUUGGAAACGAUGAAAAAAGCUGGCCUACGUAUAAACGCUCGCCAUACUACGGAUCAAGCCUACCUUGGAAUCCAUGAUUUUUUCAAGGAAGGCGAAUGGCUGACGAUUUUCGGUGAGUCGAUCUACUCCGCCGGUUACGCGGAAUGGUCCACUAACUGGUACGUCCGACAGCCAGAUAACGCCGGAAACGGAGAGAACUGUGGGACACUUGUGCUGAAUGGUGGAAUGAACGAUAAUGCCUGCCACAUACCCCUCGCUUUCUUCUGCGAGACCCCGCUGCCCUGUACUGAUUGACCGGAUUUGUUUUUAUUUUUACCAGAAACGAAUUUGUAUGGUAAUACGCUAUGAAUAAAAAAAUUCGUUUAUUAAACAGUUAUUAUUAAA